CCUACUUUUUGUUUUCCAACUGAUAACAUUCAUGUAAAUGUGUUACAGUUAAAGGGGGGGACGCAAUCAAGAAGGAGCUGGAACAACAGUCGGGGAGGAGGUUGAACAGGUUAACAGCUUCCAGAAAGGGGUUUCAACACUGAUGCUCAGCCUUUGCAUUUUAGAGUUCCAUGCAUAGGUGCUCCCUUAGAAAACAAUUGUCUAGUCAGCACUUUUACACUGAUCAGGAUUCUCUUUAUAAUAAUUUAACUUCUGACACGUUAAUUAAGUGUAUUAUUCUUUCCAGGUUUAUGUGACAAUAUUAGAGAAUGAUCAAUGUAGUAUCUGACCUUUGGUCCUCACUGUGAACCUAAAUUACUGCACAUAUAUUGUCUGUCAAGUUCGCACAGACAUGCUAACUAUCCAGGCAAGUGGCUGGAACAAACGAAAGGCAGAAAACCUUGACCGGACACUGGCCAAAAGAUACAUCAAGACUGUACAAAGGAUUACAGAGGCAACAAAGGACCUGGAGAAACUCACCGCUGUGUUAUCUCUACAGCAAGACACAGUCCAGCAGUGGGUGUCUGAUGUUCAGCAGUGGACCUCAGGUGGGAAUAAGCGAAGGCAUCAACUGAGAAGAAAGAUUGCUGUUGAGAAGAAAGCCUUGGAAGUUGCCAUCAAUGACCACAAUGCUACUAUGGGGGAAGUUGAAAAACUGCCUCCUCCCAAUGAACUCCUGGCUGUGGACAACUACUCCUGGCCAUGGGAAUGUCAUGGUGAUAUGGAGCAGAAAGAAAAUGUUUUUGACAAGGUAAUGCUGCUGGCUAGACUGAAAAAAGAAGAAGUUAUUGUGGUUCGCGAAGUCAAGCAGCACAUGGAGUACAUGAGGAGUGUUGCUGGACUGAUUGAAGAGUUUACCUUUCAGAUCACUGAAGACACCAAUGGGAAUUACAGUACAGACGGAUUAAUGGAGAAAGGACGUGAGGGACUACUCUGUGUGCUGAAGAGAAGAUUGUGUAAAGUUGAAGCACAACUGGCCACAGCACGCACAACAUACAAAAGUAUUCUCGGACUGCAAACAUUGUCCUUAGAUGACUUCUCUGAAGAGGAAGACUUAGAGAAUACUUCCUCAACUGAUGAGAAACUCGGAGAGUAGUUAUUAGGGAGAUGAUGUGUAUGAAUAAGAAGAUGUCUUCAUUGUGUGUUGAACCCAAACAUUAGUGCUGUGCUAUUUUACUGCUGUUGUAAGAUUUCUUUGUGUUUAGAGCAUGUACUGCAAAUUCCUCUGAAAAUGUAAAAAGCCAUUAUGUUAGCCCAUUAGUCCCCACCCUCUGCCCCAACCCAAUCACUAGUGAUUCACAACUGUCCAACAUGACAAAUUACCUUGGUUUUUUUUUUUUUUUUUUUUGCAUUACAUUUUUGGUCAAAAUGUAUUGUGCAUCCCUACAUACCUUCACUGUAGUUGUAUAUAGUUUGUAUAUACUGUACCUAUUGUAGUUUACGUAGCCUAUUUUAUUGUUACUCUAUCCAACAGUGUGCUAUUCCAGCUUAUGUUUCCACAUGUUAGUAUAUUAAUACACUCACUCACUCACACACACACACAUACACCUUCUCUAUCCGAAGAUAUAUAGUCUUUAGUCAUCGUCUCUUUUGUUUGAUUCAUGAAUAGUUUUCAUUUAAGUCAGUUUCCUGUUUUAUUCCAUUGUGUGAGUUGUUCCUUUCAGGUAAGUCUGUAGUAAGCAUUAGGCCUAUAUUCUAAGGCAGGGGUCAUCACUACACUUGUCCAAGGGCCAGAACUUUUCUUUUUUUUUU